CUUCGUCUCCCGACAGCAGCUCCACGCCAGUCUGUGCCCCGCCCCUUCUGGUCCGUCUCCCGGCAACAGCCCAAGCCUUCUGCCAUGCCGGGCUCCAACAGGCGGUCUCCUGCGGCGCUAGGGCCGCUGCCGGACGCCCUCCGUGGCCUCUGUGCCUGGCUUGACCAGCUCCCGCUCAGCCGCCCCAAGCGCCACCUGACCCGGGACUUCAGCGACGGCGUGCUGGUGGCCGAGAUCGUGAAGCAUUUUCACCCGCGCCUGGUGGACCUGCACAGCUACAUCCCUGCCUGCAACACUGACCAGAAGCUAAGCAACUGGAGCCUUCUCAACAGGAAAGUCUUUCGCAAGCUGUGCUUCUGUGUCUCUGAGGAGGACAUCCGUAAGGUGGUAGCCAAUGUACCUGGGGCAAUCGAGCCCAUCCUGUGUGCACUGAGGGAGAAAGUGGAAGCCAACCCUGCUCAGGCAGGCUCACGUCACAGCUCUUCAUGUCUGCAAAUUGGAUCCAGGAUUCUCCAGCAUGGAUGCUGUCCAUUCACAGGCAGACAGGUGCACACCCUUAGAGGCAGGGGACCUGAGCUGAUGGUGUUUGUCUGUGACACAGGCCUGCUAAGCCCCUCAGCUCCCACCAGUGUGAAGACCCUUCAGAAGCAGAGGGCCUUGGAGAAGAAGGGCAGCUGUGCUUGUGAAUGUCAGGACCCAGCUGAGGGGGCCUGGGAGCACCUGGCCAAGAUUCAGCAGUUGCUGGAGGACAAGGAGCAGGCACUGGACAUUCUGCAAGAGACAGUCCAGAUUUUGCAGAUGAAGGUGAUACAGCUGGAGCACCUGGUGCAGCUGAAGGACCUGCGGAUCGCAGAGCUGACGCGACUGGGGACCGAGGAGUGCCGUGUGCCCCCGGGAGCCCCAUCCUGAGCCAGCCAGACCCUGACCUUGAGCAUGCAGAGCCUUGCUCCCACCAGUGGUUCUUCUGCGCGUCCCUGCACUGUCCAGCAGGCUCCGGGAGGGACGUCUGUAUAAGGCACAGGUUUAGAAGCUAGAGUGGGGGUUGGGUUCCUGCUGGGGGUCACCUGGGGCCAUACUGCCCCACAGAUGGGUUUGGGACACAGCCAGUGGGGUUCUCUCCAGCCCCACGUUUCAUCACUGCAUCUGUGAACACA